AUGGGCAAGAAGGCUGUCCACUUUGGCGCCGGCAAUAUCGGCCGCGGCUUCGUCGCCUGCUUCCUGCACAACUCUGGUUACGAGGUGGUCUUCGCCGAUGUCGUCGACUCCCUGAUUGACCGCAUCAAUGCGACGCCCUCUUACAAGGUCAUUGAGGUCGGUGUCGACGCCACUGCCGAGAACACCAUCACAAACUACCGCGCCAUCAACUCCAAGACGCACGAGGAGGACCUGAUCGAGGAGAUCCGCACUGCCGAGGUCGUCACCUGCUCCGUCGGCCCCAACAUCCUCAAGUUCAUCGCUCCUGUCAUCGCCAAGGGCAUCGACCGCCGCUCCACCGAUGACGCGCCUCUGCACGUCAUUGCCUGCGAGAACGCCAUUGGCGCCACCGACACUCUUGCCCAGUACAUCAAGGAUCCCCGCAACACGAGACCCGAGCGUCUCGAUGACCACCACCUGCGCGCCCGGUACGCCAACUCUGCUAUCGACAGAAUUGUCCCAGCCCAGGACCCCAACGCUGGCCUGGACGUGACGCUGGAAAAGUUCUUCGAGUGGGUCGUCGAGAAGACUCCUUUCGAGGACAUUGGCAUCCCCGCCAUCGAGGGUAUCAACUGGGUCGACAACCUCCAGCCCUUCAUCGAGCGCAAGCUCUACACUGUCAACACUGGCCACGCCACCGCAGCCUACCACGGCUACAACCGGAGAAAGAGCACCGUCUACGAUGCUCUUCAGGACAAGGACAUCAUGGCCGAGGUCCGUGGCGCCCUGAUGGAGACCAAGAACCUCCUCGUCUCCAAGCACGAUGUCGGCGAGGACCAGCAGACCGCCUACCUGGAACGCAUCAUUCGCCGCAUCGGCAACCCCCAUCUGGAGGACGCCGUCGAGCGCGUUGGCCGAGCUCCUCUGCGCAAGCUCUCCCGCAAGGAGCGCUUCAUCGGCCCUGCCGCCGAGCUUGCCGAGAACGACCAGCCCAUCAAGUUCCUCUUGGAUGCCAUUGAGAUGUGCUUCCGCUUCCAGAACGUCGAGGAGGACGAGGAGUCCAAGGAGCUGGCCAAGAUCAUGUCGGAGAACAAGCCCGAGGAUGUCGUCGCCAAGGUGUGCGGCAUUCAGAAGACGGAAAAGAUCUAUCCCCAGCUGGUGGAGCGCGUCAAGCGUGUCCAGGACGACAGCCGUGAAGAUUGA